GGCCGCAUUAUUUUUUUAAUUAUAUUUAACGUGUUUAAGAGAGCUACAAAUAUACCAAAAAGCAAGGAUUUUUUUUAUUAAAAGUCCCGUAAUCGCAAUGCAUGGUGGUGACGUCAUGUGAUAUCACGUGCUGCUAUGCGCAGUAGUGUGUAAACAGUUGGUAGUGACAUCAGCUGUCUUCGUAAUUCUCUAGUGAAGGAUGUUAGAAUAUAGAUUUUAUAUUUGUAUUGUGAUGAUAUGGGCCAAACAUUCAAUUAAAAUUGAAUUAAUGUGAUUUGUCAAGGUUAAUAAAAUAUUACUAAACUAACUAAACGUAAAUUUGGGUAUAUUUUGCACCUCUUCCCAGAAAUACAUAUAUAAAAAAAUUUAAAAAACUGCCCAUGAAAAUGUCAAUUUAUUUUAGAAAUCUAAUCACAUAUGAACAUAAUUUAAAAAAUUCUAAUGAAUUCACACUUGAUUCAAUGAAUUUUUUGUAUCCACAGUAAUACGGCCAGUAUCAUGUCUGCGACCAGCGCAAGCCAGGCAGCGAGUGCCACGAAAGCACCAGCGAAGCCCAAGCUCUGUCAGUUCAGCCAGUACAGCUGCUCGAAGACGGCGCUCCAAGGAUACAGUUACUGCCUGAGGCACAUCCUGGAGGAUCCGGCCGCCCCAUACAGGCAGUGCAGUUAUGUUUAUCCUGGCAACAGCAGGCGGUGUGUUAUGCCGACUCCCAAGGACGAUAAGGCAACGUUUGGGCUAUGUUCGGAGCAUGCACGCAAGUCUCAGAUAGCCCGCCAGAGAACGUUGCGGAGGCACAAGCCACCUCCGACGACCGAGACGUUGCUUCUGUCGUUGGUCCAUUAUGUUCGGCCCGGCACCAGGAAGGCUGGCGAGAGCACCUCGCAGAGCAGUCUCGGCACAGGAGCCGCCCAAGAGACAGGCACUGUCGUCAAAGCCCUCAAUCCAUUUGUUGAUAUUAACGCUGCGAAGGUGAAUCAGAGUGUGUGCCGUGUGCUGGAUUAUGCUAGCGAGUCGGAAAGUGAUGUCGAAGGUGCGACCGUGGACACAGCGUGGCACUCUGAAGAUUACGACUCUUCGGACGCUGAGAGCGUGGACAGUCAGCAGGAAGAUCCCCUCAAAUAUAGUGGAGUGUAUACCGUUGAAGAGAUAUCAAUCAUUAUGAGAGAGAAACUGAUACGCCUCCAAUCCUUGUAUAUAGAACAAUUUAGGCGACUUCAACAUGUUUUGAAAGAACGUCGUAGAAGAUAUCUGCACGCUUUGAAAAAGGAAAAGGAAACACUCUCAAGUAUACACAACCAGCCAAAAGAAACUAUCAAAGAGCAAAAAUUGUAUGCAAAGUUAAAGGCCCUGAAUAGUUACCAUCGGCGUAGUGGCAUCGAAGCAGUCAUGCACAAAAAGGAAUUGGAAAGGCGUGCAUUGGCGACAGAGGGUGUGACUGUGCGGCCGGCUCACAUCGUGAAGUGUGUCUUCACGGAGGGAGGUGUGAAGUGUGGCGAGAGAACGUUGCCCAGCGCAAGGCAUUGCAGGAAGCAUAUUCUUCAUGACAAUCAUCAAGUUCUUUUCCGUGCCUGUGGUUGUACACAAGCAGAUAUUCAGUGUAAGGAACCUGUUCUGAAUAUUUUUGAAGGUGCUUCAUGUGUGUAUCAUACUAAUCUGCCACCUCCACCUAAGUCAACCAUCAGCACCACCCUGCCGGAUUUAGAUGUUGGUGGCCAGGACAGUUCGAGUCUUGAACUGAGAGACCUAAAAGUGGAGUCGAGCGACGACAUGGCAUGCCAGUUCGACCCAACCUCGCCACAUCACAAAGAUUCCCCGGAUGUGGGGAGCUCCACCCCUGGGGAGGCGAUGGAUUACGCUUGUGACGGCGGUGAUGCGUCCAUGAAGCAGGAAGAAGUGUUCAGUGAAACCGCAACCGACAUCGGCAGUUCCGACACCACAUUGACUGCACACUCGGACAUGGAUGAAUCAUACGAAAUGUAGCUGUGCGAGUUCUUGUAGUCAAAUAAUUUAAGUGCAUUACCUCCAGAAAUUAUUUAAAUCCAUGUUAGGAUUUGCUUCCAAGAAGCAUGGAUAAUGUUAACCUGAUGGCAGAAUUCUCUGUAAAUUAAUAUUUUGUUUGUUCAGUAAAAGUUGUAUGAAGUUGA